AUGGUCGUCAAUGCUACCAACCAAACCAAAGCGUGGUUGUGCUUUGAGGGGAAUAUGAAGUCACACAUAAAAGGCUCCCAUGACAUCACUAAAGCUUACAGGUCACCUGUGGUGAGGGCCAGGAAGAGAACUUGUGUGGAGCCCUGGGUUAUUGGCCUCAUCUCUUUCUUAUCCCUGAUUGUGCUGGCAGUGUGCAUUGGACUCACUGUUCACUAUGUCAGAUACAAUCACAGGAGGACCUACAAUUACUACAGCACAUUGCGGUUCACAAGCGACAAGCUGUAUUCUGAGUUUGGAAGAGAGGCUUCUAAAAAUUUCACUGAAAUGAGCCAGAAAAUUGAAACUAUGGUGAAAAAUGCAUUUUACAGAUCUCCACUAAGGGGACAGCUUACCAAGGCUCAUAUUAUCAAGUUCAGUAAAGAAGACGAUGGAGUGUUGGCUCACAUGCUGCUGAUUUUUCGAAUUCGCUCUACCGAGGAUCCUGAAAUUGUGCAUAAAAUCAUUGAACAUGUUCUGCAUGAAAAGCUGAAACAAGCUACAGGACCCCCUAACGUUGAUCCCAAUUCAGUUGAAAUUAAAAAAAUCAACAAGACAGAAACAGACAACUAUCUCAACCAUUGCUGUGGGACCCGACGGAACAGAUCUACAGUACAGACUAGUCUCAGGAUUGUCGGUGGGACACGCGUGGAAGAGGGAGAAUGGCCCUGGCAAAGCAGCCUGCAGUGGGAUGGGUCUCAUCGCUGUGGAGCAACUUUGAUCAACAGCACAUGGCUCGUGAGUGCUGCUCACUGUUUCCGAACGCACAAGGACUCAUCCAGAUGGACCGCUUCCUUUGGGGCAACAUUACAGCCUCCAAAACUGACAACAGGCUUCCGGAGGAUAAUUGUUCAUGAAAAAUACAAAUACCCAUCACAUGACUAUGACAUUGCACUUGUAGAGCUUUCUAGACCCGUCCCCUGCACAAAUGCAGUGCACAAGGUUUGUCUCCCUGACGCAAAUCAUGAAUUCCAGCCGGGGCAGAAGAUGUUUGUGACAGGAUUUGGAGCAUUGCAAAAUGAUGGUUUCACCCAGAAUCACCUUCGGCAAGUACAGGUGGACUACAUAGAUACCCAAACCUGCAAUCAACCUCAAGCUUACAAUGGUGCCAUCACUCCUAGGAUGUUGUGUGCUGGCUACCUAAAAGGAGAAAAAGAUGCAUGCCAGGGCGACUCUGGAGGACCUCUGGUUGCUUCAGAUGUUAGGGAUAUCUGGUACCUUGCUGGAGUGGUGAGCUGGGGAGAUGAAUGUGGCCAACCCAAUAAGCCUGGUGUUUACACUAGAGUGACCGCCCUCCGGGACUGGAUUGCUUUCCACACUGGUAUCUAA